AUGAUUCGCUUUCUGCUAUACGAAUGUGCAAUUGGACAUAACAAACUGAAAGCGAGUGGAAAUAGCGCCCUCAUAUCGACCAUACAGAAUAAGCAUGGUGAAUCUGUAAAGGAAGUGCUACUUUUCGACUACUUUUUAUAUAGCAAAGAAUAUACCACAAUGGAAAGAAACAAAAACGAAUUGUAUGAACAUAUGAGGAAAUAUUUUUUGCAAAUUUCCCCCGUGAAACACGGAUACCAGCUAAGUGCCCAUGUCAAAAAUAAAAUGAACUGGAUGAAUUUUUUCGGGAACAUUUUCUCUGACGAUCAUGAUGGCAACUUGGGCAAUGGAGACAGUAGGCAGGAUGUCGGAGGUGCUACUUUAAACGGCCAGGGAGAAACGUGGGAAAGCAAAUUCGACUGUACGAGGAAGCCAACAAAAUCGACCUACUGA